UCACUCUCCUUUGCACCGUCUCGUUUCGUGAGCGCGGGCCUUGCAAGUCGCCUUUUCGCCGUCCUCGCCAUCCCCGGCGAACAGUACCAGUACGAAUCGGGCCUAACGACUGCCCGUUCUUCUCGAUCAAUCUCUACAUAUCAAUUCUCCUUCCCAUUCCGUCUUGGGUACGGUUGCCCAAAUAGCGAGACCUCGUGGACCAGGAGUCGCAUAUCCAUCGACCACCAUCAGCGAUGCGAUAUUCGACAGUGACUGCGGCCAUAUGCGCAACAGCGAUGGGGUCGCUGCCCAUAAUGGUAUCAGCAAGUCAGCCCCAGUUCAUGGAGCAGGGCUUUCUGUUUGAUUGGAACCCUGCCGGUACGACAGUACCAAUUCCAGUCACCGAACAGUGCGAGACGAUAACCAUCAACUGGAGUAGGAGUACCGCGACGGGACCAAAUCCCACAGCACCGUAUUACCUCCAGAUAUUCACAUCAACAUUCAUCGUCCCAUUCAUCGUCGCUGCUGGUUCUGGGCAGAGUUUUGACUUCGAUGUCCCCUUCGUGCCCAACACACAGUACCAAAUAUGCAUGUUCGACUCGUUCGGCGUGACAGGCGGCUGUCAAGCAAUCUACACCGUCAUCCCCAACUCAAACUCCUCGAGUCCGUCAUGUAACAAUGUCACCUUCCCGGCUGGUGCCAUGAACGUGGAUGGGGAGGUUUUCAACGGCGCACUUUCUCAGUAUGGCUGGGUACCACAAUGUACAGAUAUUUCUGUUACGCCGAAAAAUGGCACACCGCCAUACACUUUCGAGAUCGCUCCAAGCAGUCACCCACCAUUGAACAUCACUUCGGACACCGCGGAUACUAUGAACUGGACUGUAUCUCUGUCAUACGGAAGUUCAUUCUUCCUCACGGUCGGCGAUUCGGAAGGAAAUCGAUGGUCCCAAGGCCCAAUACACAGUGGUGCAAACUCGGAUACCGCCUGUCUAGACCUUUCUCGCAGCGACACCGCCAUGGUCACUCGCUCCACCGCCAUUGGUGCUGGUGUCGGAGGCGCAUUCGGUGGUCUCCUUUUAGGCACUCUCCUCGCUUUCGCCUUCUUUGUUUACCGACACCAUCGAUCGGGCGGCCAAGGCAUGAACCCCUUCAGUACGAAGUUCACAUCCAUCCCGCGGUUCUCCAUGUCGGAAGAGGGGCAGCCACAGUAUGAUGAGCUGGGGCACGUUGUCACUGGCGGGACCGUCUCGCAUCCUGGUCGGUCGCCAACUUCGGCGUUCUCAAGACAGCCGUCGGACACACCAUAUACUGUCGAGCCGUUCGUGCUUCCUGGACCAUCUCCUAACGAGUCUAGCAGUGGACCGGACACGCAGACGAGUGCGCACGACGUGGGGUCGUCGACGACGAGCCGUCCAAAUACGGCUCCUCGGACGGCGUUCGGCAGCACGAAUGGACAGAGUGGAAGCUCGGGACCACGGACGCUCUCAAGCGACAGUACCAACGAUCUUCCUUCUUCUCCUUCGGGCGACCGAAGAGACGGCAGCAAUUCCUCUGCACCCCCACAAGCAGGGAGAGGAAAUUCGCACGUUUAUGUUGUGCAUCAUGAUGGAGGGAGGGCACCGGUGACGGUGUAUACGGAGGAUGGUGCAGAGGUGGUGGAGCUGCCGCCGAGAUAUAUGGAUGAUAUGCGGGAGGGGACGCAGCCGCGAGGGAGGGACAGUAGUGGCGGCGGCGGCGGCGGCGGCGGCGGUGGUGGUGGUGUAAACCCGGUGGACAGGACGAGGCAGCCUGGGUCGGUGCCGAGAAAACCCAGAGGCGCGAGGACGGGAUCUGGGACGGGAUCCGGAUCGAGGUCGUGAUUGAACUGGACUGACUGACAGUGAUUCAGACGACGGUUACCAAGAUCCUUAUUCGUUCUUACUGUGGUUCCAGAGCUUUGCUUGCUGGACUGUCGGCACGGUGCUCUUUUUCGUUAGGUUUUUAUUUCUCUCGAUUUCAUUUAUGCCACACCUUUCAUGUUUGUGACGAUAGCUCUCGGGGUCGAUAGUAUACUGUAACUAAUAUUUGUGCAGUUGCUAUGUGCUUUUCGUUCUUUUGUCUCUCUGGUUUCAACCUCUGAUGUUAUUGCUUAUAUUUUCCCAGUCUUUACCCCACAGCUAUGUAUACCUUUACUGACGAUCUAUCCACCCUUUCUUGAUUUACUACUCACCCUAUCCACAGCCUCCUGCCGUUACCUUCAUUUUCAAGCAUGUCCCUUUGUUCAUGCUAUUCGUCCUUCGUUGACCUUUUUUUGUUUGCUUUCUUGGUUAUUUGGCUGACAGCCAUCUCUGUAGAGUACUUACAUCUAUUCGCCGUCAAUGGUGUUCGCCUUGACUGGUACUGCCAUAUCGUCGCGACUCGACCCCCCUGCCUACUUUCUGCUGCCUGUCGUAUUUUGCGUUCUGUUCAGUCAAUUUGUCUGCAUAACUGUAUCACAGAGGCAGUAUCAUCU